AUGAGUUUUAACGAAUACGCAAAGGAUGGCAGGGGACUUAGAAUAGGAUACCGUCUAUUACAAUUAACCAAACUAUGGGAAAUGCUUUUAGCUUAUAAAUCAGAACUUGCGUCUGCUAUAUUUUCUGACCUUAGUGUCCAGGAUAUUAAACUUAUUGAAAAAGUCAAUAUUUUUAUUCCUUUACAAACAUUGAAGAAGGAGUAUGAAAAGCUUUACAGAGACUACAAGAAGACUAUUAUACCCAACAAGACUGAUUUUGAUUUAUGGAAUGUAUCUAGCUCGUUAAUUAUUGGAAAUCUGAUAGAACCUUUGGCAAGUAUUCUCAUCCCCUUAAUCUACGCAAUUUCUGCAGGAUCACCUUGUGUGCUUAAUGUUCCAAACUGUCCCAAAUUAGAGAAGAUUCUCAGUGAAAUAUUGCCAAAAUUUUUGGAUACUGAGUACUAUAUCUAUUCUCUGAAAAAAGCAAAAGAUCUUAGUCAGGAAGGAUUUCAACAGGCAGUUAUCACGAGAUCUUUUCUUUCUAUUGAAGGAAAGAACAGAGCUUGUGGUAUUAAUGUUGUCGCAUUGUUGGAUGUUAAAAAGUCGAUAGAUUCCUCUUUGCCUGCACUAGUCAAAUGGAAAGAAACGGGUCAAGGCUAUACAUUGUGUGCUCCUGACGUGGUUUUAGUACAUGAAAAAAACUUCAAUAAGGUUCUACAAGUGCUCCAGAAAUCCAAUGCGUAUAAAACUAAAGUGAUUGAUCCAUUCAAAGAAUUUCCUGACAAAAAUGUACCCGACACUCUCUUUGUCGCAUCUUGCACCACAGAAGUUGCGAUUCUUAUUCUUCAGACGAAUAAAAUAAAUCUUUUCACUUACUUUGGAUCUGAACCUUUUGGAACAUACAUUUUGAAGUUUUGUCCUCAGAUUAGUACAGCCGUGAUUAAUAAGGUCUCUCUUACUUUUUAUGAUGAUCUUAGUAGAUCCACCUUUCAGUACAGGAGAUUCAUCGAAAGAGAAAAAAAACUUAAGCUCCAGAACUUGAGCUUAGAUACAGAUUCCUCGUAUGAUUAUAGUACAAUGAAAUUGAAGAGAUUGCUGAUAAAGUAUCAGGAAAAUAUGGGAUUUUUUGAGCAAGGAUUCAACCUAAGUUUAGGGGUGUUACUAGUCUCUUUUGUAUCUAUAGCUGGUUAUGGUCUUUUUGCAUUAAACAAAAAAGCGCAGUAA